AUGGAAGACAAUGUUAAUUAUAAUUCUGACACUUCAAGUAGUGGUUCUGAAUUUAUACUACCAAAGAGACGACGAAUGGUAGUUACUGAAAGUGAAAGCGAAGAGUUGCCGGAAGACUUAGAUGAAUGGCGCGAAGUCACGGAAGAAUUAGAUAUUCCUGAUAGAAUACAUUUUAGUGUAUCUCCAAAGGUCACUGGACCCCAAAUUCCUACAAAUAUUGUACAGCCGACGCAAUACUUGAAAUUAGUUUUCACAAACGAACUGGUAAAUGAAAUUAUAAAAGAAACCAACAAUAACGCAGAAUAUGUUCUAAAGGAAAACGAAAUAUCUAGUAAUUCUAUUUGGAAAACGUGGCGUGCAGUGGAAGAGGAUGAGUUUUGGGCUUUUAUUGGAGUUAUUAUCAAUAUGGGUACGAUAACCCUGGCGAAUAUGCAGGAUUAUUGGCCUUUAAGGAGAAUAGUUACAUCCCUUUCUUUAGUAAA